UGGAUAACGCGGCUGUCAGAAGCGGGUUCCUUGUUGCAGCACGGCUGCCGCUACAUCUGUUGACAUCUCGUGUAACAUUGCUAGAAGGAUGGCCCUCGUUUUGCCUGCAAAGCCUUGUAUGAACCGUCCAAUCCAGGUCAAACCUGCCGACAGUGAGAACAGGUGGGAGGAUCGUAAACUCUUUGUGGGCAUGCUCAGUAAACAGCAGACCGAAGAUGACGUUCGCCAAUUAUUUCAACCUUAUGGAGCAAUAGAUGAGUGUACAAUCCUCCGGGGACCUGAUGGCCAGAGUAAAGGUUGUGCAUUUGUGAAGUUCGGGUCGCAUUCAGAAGCACAAGCAGCCAUCAACGGACUCCACGGAAGUCAAACUAUGCCAGGUGCAUCAUCCAGCCUGGUUGUAAAAUUCGCAGACACGGAAAAAGAACGUCAGUUGAGACGGAUGCAGCAAAUGGCAGGAAACAUGGGACUCAUUAACCCUUUUGUGUUUAACCAGUUCGGUGCGUAUGGUGCGUACGCACAGUUCAUGCAGCAACAAGCUGCCAUUAUGGCUGCGGCGGCACAAGGAGGAUUCAUCAACCCGAUGGCUGCAACACAACUUCCACAGGUUCCAAACGGUCUCGCCAGUCCAGCUAUUACUCCAUCAGUAGUUUUUUCCCCCACACAUUUAGGAGCUGCGACUCAACAAAUCAACGGUACCAUCCCAAAUAUACCUUCCCCUACUCUGUCUACUUCAACCAUACCUCAAGCUAACGGCCAAACAGGCGAGGUGUAUGCAAAUGGAAUGCUUCAUUAUCCCCUUCUUAUAUCUCUUUCAGCACAAGCGAUACCGAACGGAGAAGCGCUCCAGCCGGCUGGUUAUCCCGGUCUACAAGCCUAUCCUGGAAUCCCAGCUUACCCUGCAGGGUAUGGUCAGUUUGCUCAAGCCCUGACCCAACAGCCAACACUUAUUCCUCAGUCACAAAGGGAAGGCCCAGAAGGUUGCAAUCUCUUCAUCUACCAUUUACCACAAGAAUUUGGCGAUGCUGAGCUCAUGCAAAUGUUCUUACCCUUUGGAAAUGUCAUCAGUGCUAAAGUUUUCAUCGAUCGUGCCACCAAUCAAAGCAAGUGUUUUGGCUUUGUGAGCUUCGAUAAUCCUACAAGCGCCCAGACCGCCAUCCAGGCCAUGAAUGGAUUCCAGAUUGGAAUGAAACGCCUCAAGGUUCAGCUGAAACGCCCGAAAGACACCAACAGGCCAUACUAAUUGUAAGGCCAAGUCUUAUUUCAUGAAAAUUCAAGCUUUCGGACCUAGUACCGGAGCCUUCGAAAGUUGCCAAGGAUGAGGAGAAGAUAAAGACUCCGGUACUGGACUGGAAUCACGUGAUCUUCUUCAACCUUCUCCUUUCAUCAGUGAUGUUACAGUCCGUGAAGUGGACUCGCAUUUUUUUCUUAUAAAGACAGAGGGCCUUACCAUUAGGGCUCAGAUAUAAAUUAUAUAUAUAAAUAAAGGAAUUACAAAAAUAGAUAGAUACCAGGCUACUAUAUUUAGGAAGAUAGGACAUAAAUGACUUAGAAGUAGAUUAGAAAUUUCUUGCUUUAAUAUGUAAUAAUUUAAUUUAUAUACAUAACUUUGAGAAUUUUAUGAAUUUUGCGACCUCAAGUAGUUGACAACAAUGUGAUGUUUUUUGAGAUUGGAGGAAGUAUUUUGAAAUCCGAGCUUUCGAAUUGUCGACUUUUUCCUGGAUUUCCAGAUUUUACGGGGUGUCCUGUUGUAUUUACGGCACUUGUCAUAUCAUAUCAUAGACCACCAUUUGUUGACCGGUAAGAUUCAGUGGGCCAGAACAGUAGAAAAUACAACUAAUAUGUUACUCCAUUGGCUUGUAAAUACAACUGUUCUAGUGUAAUGGGUUUUCAUCACUACACAAACACGAAGAGGGGCAGAAGAAGUUACACAAUGCAGAUAAUUUUUUUUAUUGUCAUUCCUGUUCUUUUCGUGAUUUAUGUACAAACCAAAGCAGCUUAGUACCAUCAGAGAUGUUAGAAUAUUUAAUCAAAUGUUUAUGACAUGAUCAUUCCAUAUCAUUAGUGCCAUGAUUUUAUUAAGUUUAUAUUUUAGUCAAAAUAUAUUUGUGAUACGAGUUUUUCUUGUUUGUCUAUUUAUCAUAUACUUGUAUAUUUAUUUAUUUAUUCAGAUUUUCUGUUUUGUUAUAAGUGAUAAAGAUAAAGCGGGUCAUGACCUAUCUUUUAUCAUUGAUAAAUCAGAGAGAGAUCCAGAACUGUUCGUUUUCAUGUAAAGAAAGUAGUAUAUAGAAGUUUUGUCUUAAAUUUUUUAACAACGUAGCAGGGUAGACAUUUUUCUCGAGCACUUAGUAGAAUGGGGAAGGAUUGUGAGAAUUCAUUAACAUAAACUGAUUUUCUGAAAUCUCAAAAGAAAAUUUCAGGAAUGCCAAAAUAAAAUGUUUGUAUGAGUGUUUUCUAUGGUUUGAUUUGAAAUCAGGACAUGAAAAAGGAUUUACUGGCGAGAAACGUUUUUUCUAUUAACGACAAGCUUAAAUCAUGAAAAUACUCAUCUAGCGGUAAGAUUGCUAAAUUUAUAAUGUACAUACAAGUAUUUUAUCUUUCUGAAAUGGAAGCUUUUCGUCUGAUGAUGUAUAGUUAUCAACAAUGUAGAACAUCUGUGGAAAUAACUAUUAUAAUAAGGUAGGAAGUUUUUGUUAUUUUGUAACUAUUUCAGAAAUAUUAUCAAAGUAAUAUAGAAUUUUGUUUUUUGGCUCCCUGAAACUUGGAGUCCGAAAGUUUGAGUUGUGGAUAAAUGAUGUCAUCAUAAGUAUUGAAAUCACACAAUGCCAAAUCAAGAGCAUCAAUCUUUUAUACGAAAUAGGAUUUUAUUAACAUUAGCGUUUCUUCUAUUGUAGCUUACCUAAUUAAUGUUUCAUUUAUAUUUAAAUUAAUAUUUACGAGUUGUUUUAAGACAGAGAUCUCGGUAAUUGGUAAUUACAAGGAACAUAUUAAAUACUUAGUUAUUUUAAAAAAAUAUUUUUUAUUUUCACUUUGAUAUUACUUCAUAUCAAAAGAAACAAAAACCGUAAACUAAAAACUUGGAAAUAACAGAAUACAACAUUCAGUGGUUGGAACAUUACGAGUAUGUAAAUGUACUUAAGGUAAAAUCACAAAUAUGCAACACCGUGUCAGCGCUAACAGUAAAAAUAAAGCUAACCUUCAGUAAAACCUAUGUUAGAUGUAUGACAUUGUGUUAACAUGUGAAAUAGGCCUAAUUUCGGAUACGCAUACGUUAGAUACUUGGCAUCGUGUUACUGAAUAAAAGUAAGCCUAAUGUGAGUUAGUCCUAAGUUUCAUGCAUGACAUUUUAUUCUAGAUCAAAAAUAAACUAAACUUAAAAAUACAGUAAUAGGAACCUUUACAGUAGGCAGAUUUUGAUGUUAAUGAUUAUAAUAUUCUCAUUAAAAUCAAAAUUCAGAAUAUACUUGUUCUAAAAGUUCCUGUUAUUGUAUUUUUCAAUUAAUUAUUCAUUUCAGUAGGUUCCUCACUAAACAUAACUUAACAAAUGACAGUAACAAAUACAAGUAACUGUGUUAGUUAAUUACAGUAGCGAUCAGGACUAACGUGAUUUCAGCUACGUUAGACACAUGACACUGUGUUACUAAUGACAGUAACAAUCAGAAAUAACGAGAAUUCAGCUACGUUAGACACCUGACACUUAGUUAAUGAAUGACAGUAACAGUCAGAAAUAAUAUGAUUUUAGCGACGUUAGACAAAUGACACUGUUUUAGGUAGUAACAGUAACAAUCAGAACUAACGCAAUCUCAGUUGCAUUAGACACAUGACACUGUGUUAGCUAAUGACAGUAACAAUCAGAAGUAACGUGAUUUUCAGUUACGUUAGGCACAUGAAACUGUGUUAGCUAAUGACAGUAACAAAUGCAAGUAAUAUAAUUUGAGCUAUGUUGGACAUAUGAUACUGUGUUAGUUAAUGACAGUGGCGAUCAGGACUAGCAUAAUUUCAGCUACGUUAAACACAUGGCAUUGUGUUAUUAAUGACAGUAAAAAUCACAACUAACGUGAUUUCAGCUACGUUAGACAGUUUACAAUGUAUUAGCUAAUGACAGUAACAAUCAGAAAUAACGUGAUUUCAGUUACGUUAGACACAGGACACUGUGUUAGUUAAUGACAGUAGCAAUCAGGACUAACGAGAAUUCAGCUACGUUAGACACAUAACACUAUGUUAGCUAAUGACAGUAACAAAUGCAAGUAAUAUAAUUUGAGCUAUAUUAGACACAUGAUACUGUGUUAUCUAAUGACAGUAAAUGUCAAAAGUAACGUGAUUUCAGCUACAUUAGACAAAUGACACUGUGUUAGCUAAUGACAGUAACAAUUACAAGUAGCAUAAUUUCAUCUACGUUACACACAGCUAAUGACAGUAAAAUUCACGACUAAAGUAGUUUUAGCUACGUUAGACACAUGACACCCUGUUAGGUAAUGACAGUAAUAAUCUGGACCCACGCGAUUUCACCUACGUUAGACACAUGACGCUGUGUUAGCUAAUGACAGUAACAUUCAGGACUUACGUGAUUUCUGCUACGUUAUGCUUAAUAAUUCAGCAUUGCGUUGAAAAGUUAAUGGUCUGAAAUUAUUUCCAGUAACCGUUUCCCUGUACAUAUUCUGCAAUUUCUUCUAAAAUUUCAAGUUUAUAAGAGUAUUUAAAAUGAUUUUGAGCUUGUUAUAAAAUAAAUUCGAUUUCGAGUGUAUAUUUUACUGCAUCGAAACCUUGGUAUGGCUAUGAGUAUGAAUUGGUUGGAAUAGGAAUGGACACAUAAAUAAUCUUAAUUAAAGCAUAUAAUAUCAAUAAUUCUGUAAUCGUAGUAAGAUAAAUAAUGUUUAUUUGAAAUAUUGACAAUUGUUGUACGAUUCCACAUCAUAUUUAUUUAUUUGGCUUGUAGUAUGGCAUUAAAUAUUAAUGGAAGAAAGACCACAAAGCGAGUUUGAUCCAUAUGUAUGGACUUCAGGAACGCAAUAUAGAGCACCAGACAUAAAACAGGGUUAGUUUACAUUCGCCAAUACCUUGUGCGUGUUCACUGGGUAUCCAUACGAACAUCUUUUAACAUAUGUACUGGUUCUAAUCUGAGUAUGACUAAAAGGUAUUUGAACUCUGUGUUUAGCAUAUCAUUUCCUAAAUGUUGAAAGUGAAAACGAGUGAUUCGAUGAACAUCCAUACAAAUUGCGCCAUUUUCAGCCAUUGUCAUAUUUCGCACUUGUCACCAUUGCUUGAUGCACGCCAUCUCAUUUACUUCACAGGGUCGUUCUUAAAGCUGAAAUAUGCCUUCAACAAGUGGAUAUCGUUUUAGUUCACUGAAAUUCUUGACGUGCUAUAUGCAUAGAUUAAAGGCUGCUUUUCAAGAUCUUAUCAUCGGGAAUGCCAGGUUUUUUACAUUACGGAAAUGAACUUGUUUUAAAAAUAUUCCCUUUUGCUGUUAUUUCUCACAUUCCUUCUUCAGGAAUGGUGUAAUUAAUUUAGUAUACAAGAUCUAAUGUAUAACCUUUUCAUGAUAAUUAUACUAAUAUUGAGCUUGUAAGCUAUUGUUUAUGCUCUAAAAAUAAAGAUACCACUUACUAAAAA